AUGGAGAUUGAGAUCAUAUCCAAACAGUGCAUCAAACCUUCUUCUCCAACACCUUCUCAUCUCAAAACCUAUCAAAUCUCCCUCCUUGAUCAGUACGGACCUUCUGGUUAUGGUCGAGUACUCUUUUUCUACUCUGCAAACCAAGACUACUCCAUCCCCAACAGAUCACAAAUCCUAAAACAAUCUCUUUCACAAACACUAACCCGUUAUUAUCCAGUCGCCGGAAAGAUUAGGGACAAUCUUUCAAUUGAUUGUAACGAUGAAGGGGUUCUUUAUAUUGAGACAAGAAUAUUGAAUUGUUGUUUAGAUGACUAUCUCAGCAAUCUUGAGGUCUCUUCGAUCUUCAAAUUAUUUCCAGAUGCGGUUUCGAAUGUAGUCUCUUCAGGAGCUCCUGUUGCUAUUGUGCAAGAAAAUGUUUUCACUUGUGGUGGAAUGGCCUUAGGGUUUUUUCCAUGGCACGUUAUAUUUGAUGCCAGUACUCUGAGUGCAUUUCUUAAGACUUGGUCUGCUUUUGCUAGAAACUCUGUUGAAGAAGCUCUGUUCCCUAAUUUUACAGCCUCAACUAUUUUUCCUCCAAAUAUUUCUUUUAAUCUAGAUUCAUUAGCUAUGGCAUCUCGUUUGUUCGCAUGGAGCCCCUCUGUUGUUACAAGAAGGUUUUUCUUCGAUGGAUCGGUUAUAGCCAAUCUCAAGGCCCAAGCAACAAGAUCUUCUAGCUUUCAGAACCCGACGCGAGCAGAGGUUGUGUCUGCACUCCUCUUGAAAAGCUUUACGGCUGCAUUAUUGAAGGUGAAACUGCAAACCCAAAUCCCAAUUGUGAUGAAUUUUCCAGUCAACUUGCGACGAAGGGCUAAUCCGCAGAUACCAGAAACUUGUGUGGGAAACUCACUUUUUUUCACCACUCUGUCGACAAAAGGUGGGGAAGAGUUUUAUGGGUUGAUGUGGAAGAUGAGGGAAAGUUUGUCGCGAAUCAACGGUGAUGUUGUGAAGAGUCUUCAAGGUGAUGGAGGGUGGUUGAAGCUUGUUGAGAUGAUUAGAAAGCUUCAUGAUGAAUUAUUUUCCGACUCUGGAAUUGUCCAUAUUGGGCUCAAUAGCUGGUGUAAUAUGGGAUUAUACAAUGUUGAUUUUGGGUUCGGGAAGCCUUUGUGGAUUCCGGCUUCUGCUUUUGGCAUCAAGAAUUAUAUGUUUUUGACGGAUACAAAAUAUGGUGAUGGAAUUGAAGCAUGGGUUUCAUUGGAUGAACAAGUCAUGGAAGUGCUUGAACAAGAUAAGAAGCUCAUGUCUCUGGUUUCUUUAGACGCAAGUCCUUUAGAACUAGGCAAUCCCAACCCUAGCUUGCCCAAGAAAAUCAUUUCGUCCGUGUCAAAACUUUGA